AUGGAGAAAAACAAGUUUCUAAUAAGUUUAGUACUGAUAGUUUUGUUGCCAUAUGUAAAUUCAACGACAUCAGGGGGUAAAACUAUCAAGCACUUUGUGCUUGUUCAUGGGGCGUGUCACGGAGCCUGGUCUUGGUACAAAAUUGUGGCACUGAUAAGAUCUUCAGGGCAUAAUGUCACAUCUCUUGACUUAGGUGCUUCAGGGAUCAACAACAAACAGGUCCUGGAAAUCCCACAUUUAUUUGAUUACUUUAGUCCAUUAAUGGAGUUCAUGGCUUCUCUACCUACACAUGAGAAAGUGAUUCUUGUAGGCCAUAGCUUUGGUGGACUGGCCAUAUCUAACGCCAUGGAAAGAUUUCCAGAAAAGAUUUCAGUUGCUGUAUUUGUUACUGCUCUGAUGCCUGGUCCAACUCUAAAUGCGACCACUCUCUUAACCAAGUUACAAUCUUUCACUGGAAAUGUAUCUCAACUUGAUAAUCGUGUAACGUAUGAUAAUGGACCAACCAAUCCUCCAACAACCUUCAUCUUUGGUCCAAAGUACUUGGCAAGAAAUGUUUAUCAGUUGAGCCCAAUUCAGGAUUUGGCUCUAGCCACUACACUAGUAAGGCCGCUAUACUUAUACAGUGUGGAAGAUUUUGCUAAGGAGAUAGUUGUUUCAAGCAAAAAGUACAGAACAGUUAGACGAGUAUUCAUUGUGGCUGUUGAAGAUAAAACUCUACCCAAUGAAUUUCAACAUUGGAUGAUUGAAAAUAAUCCACCAGAUGAAGUGAAAAAGAUUUCAGGCUCUGAUCACAUGGCCAUGAUGUCUAAGCCCCUAAAACUUUUUACUCUUCUUCUACGUAUUGCUCUCAAGUGA